AUGCUGCCUUUCCUGCGUGAAAAGGCCGUUCUUCUCAACUCACAAUUCCAAGAACAUGCUCAAGACAUCAGCCAUUUACGAGAACGACUUGAGCACGACAUUGAAUUACUCGACUUUUCGCCCGAGGAUCUUCAAGACGCAAGAGAUUACUUGCAAGACCAUGUGACACUGUUUCGAUACUUGAGUGGGAGCCAGUUUGACGAGACAAAAGCACAUGAACGUUUACUGGAUACGAUACGGUGGCGACAAGAAAAGGGUGUUGCUCGAAUGACGUAUGAAUCGGUGGCAAACGAGUUUUUCGAUGAUGGUGGAUUUGCAUUCUUUCAUAAGCAAGAUCGACUAGGACGACCUAUAGCGAUUGUGCGGAUGCGAUACUUUCCCCAAUUCCACGACAAGUCUGCGACACUGACUGAGCUCAUGCAACCCUACGCUUGUUUGGUUAUGGAAAUGGUGCGCAAGAUCAUGCUGGACAUCACGUGUAACAAUCAAUACCAUCGUGACCCAUGUCCAUUGGUCUCACAAAUGGCCGUUGUUAUCGACAUUGGUAAAGCACCUUUUAUACCCGUGGAUGCUCAACUCGUGAGAUCUAUCAUGGACAUUAUGGAUAACCGUUUUCCCGGAUCCAUGGGAUCGAUCUAUGUCAUGAAUUUCGGAUGGAUGUAUCAAGGUCUAUGGCAAAUGGUCAAGUUUAUUAUCAGCGAGGAAGCACGUAGCCGUAUCAGUUUCCCUUCCGCCAAAGAAAUGACUGAUUUCAUUGAUCCCGAGAACCUAUUAAAAGAACUGGGUGGAGAGGAUGACUUCGAGUGGUCUAUGGAAAAGGAUACAGCACUACACGAAUAUGGAACAGGCAAGCCUGCCACGGGACCAUCCCUUGUGGAACCAUCACCUGAUUUGCGAUCGGCAUCACCGCCAUUGAGCAUACGCCCAUCCCGAAGCACUUCCAUCUCAUCAGACGAAUUCUUUGAUGCCAAUGAUAUCUUCUCAACGACACCAUUUAGCAGCCUUAGCCAAUAUGCCACUCCAGGAACAAUGACACCUGUGCUAUCUGAACAACAACAACAACAAGUUGCUUGGUUCUCAGCCAUGCCGCCCAACAAGAGCAGGAACUUUUAUCAUUGGACUGGAUUGCAUAUGGGUACAGCAUUCUUGACAUCUUUUCUUGGCUAUUCUCAUCAACGUCAACAACCUUACACGUUUACAUCUGAACAACUUUCAAUGGGUAUUGAUGGACUUUUAUUGGCGGAUCGGCUGGCUACCGUCAAAGAGGAUCAAGAGCAAUUCAUGCUUCUAGAAGGACAUGAAGUUGAGGAAUUCAAGCGGCAUACACCCCAUUUUCCUCAUUUGUUACCUCCCGAUGUUCCUCAAUCAGCAUACGCAUUAUCACCUUUACGCGUACAAAUGCAACGUAUUGAACAACGUGUGAUUCGAUGGACACGACGAAUAUUCCGCCUUUCCUUUGCAUACAAAGGUGCUAUCUAUUGGGUCGUUCUUUAUAUCUUUUUACGGGGUCCUGUUGAACACGUACUUCGGCGAUCCUUGACCAUGUUCGUUAGCACUCCACAAAAGAUUGCAUACACCACAGUCGGUAUUACUGCUGCAGUAGCCGCUGCCAUUGGUACAUCUGUCACUGGAUCACUUGAACGACCACGAAAAGACUGA